AUGAGAGCAGUUGUUCUUGCUCUGACUCUAGCCCUUGUGGCGAGUCAGCAUGCUAACCUAACACCAGACUUCGACAACAGUAAGACCUAUGUCUACAAGUACGAGGCUGUGAUCUUGGGUGGUCUACCAGAGGCAGGCUUAGCCAGAGCUGGGGUGAAGAUUGUCAGCAAGUUUCUCAUUAGCGGCAUCGCCCAGGACACCUACCUGCUGAAGCUUGUGGAACCUCAGCUGUUUCAAUACAGCGGCAUCUGGCCCAAAGAUCAAUUUAUUCCUGCUCCAAAGCUGACUCAGGCACUGGAUUCCCAGCUGCUGAUACCCAUCAAAUUUGAGUACACCAAUGGUAUGGUGGGCAAGGUGUUUGCCCCCGCCAGAGUCUCUGCAACCGUACUCAACAUCCACAGAGGAAUCCUCAACAUCCUUCAGCUCAGUGUAAAAAAGACUCAGAACAUUUACCAGCUGCAGGAGGCUGGGGUUCAGGGAAUCUGCAAGACUGACUAUGUGAUCAGUGAAGACGCAAAGGAGGAGCGCAUUUAUGUGACCAAAUCCAAGGAUCUGGGCAACUGUCAGGAGAGGGUCAUGGCCGACAUUGGAAUGGCUUACAUGCAGUCGUGUGACAAGUGCCAGUUGAGAGGAAAGAAUUUGAGAGGAGCUGCAGCCUACAACUAUGUCUUGAAGUCUGCUGACACUGGAUCGCUAAUCACUGAAGCCACAGUGCAGGAGCUACAUCAAUUCACACCUUUCCACGAGAUGACCGGAGCUGGCCAGAUGGAAGCAAAACAAACCGUGGCCUUUGUAGAAAUCCAGAAUGUUCCGGUGCAGCCCAUACAAGGUGACUACAUGCACCGCGGAUCUCUGCAGUACGAAUUUGCCUCUGAGCUUCUCCAGACUCCCAUUCAGCUCAUCAGAAUCAACAAUGUCCAGAACCAGAUUUUGGAGACCUUGAAUCACCUGGUCACAAACAACAUAAAUGAGGUUCAUGAAGAUGCUCCCCUGAAGUUUGUCCAGCUGAUCCAGCUCCUGCGUGUGGCCAAAUCUGACAUCAUUAAUGCCGUCUGGGCUCAGGCUAAAGCUAAACCCACUUUCAGACGUUGGGUCUUGGAUGCUGUACCUGCCAUUGGAACAGAUGCUGCUUUAUGGUUCCUCAAGGAGAAGUUUGUUGCUGAUGAGUUGACUGACGCUGAGGCAGCCCAGGCUCUGCUAGCUGCUCUUCACCUUGUGCGCGCUGAUUUGGACACUGUCAAGCUGGCUGCUUCUCUGGCAUUUCAUCGCAAAAUUCAGGAGCACCCCGUUCUGCGGGAGAUCGCUGUGCUUGGUUAUGGUUCUCUGGUGUACAAGUUAUGCGUGGCAGAAUCUGAAUGUUCAUCUGAUGUCCUGAAGCCUCUCCAUGACAUUGCAGCUGAUGCUGUGACUAAAGGCGAUGUGGCAGACAUCUCAUUAGCUCUUAAAGCUCUGGGCAAUGCUGGCCAUCCUGCCAGCCUCAAGACAAUCAUGAAACUCCUGCCUGGGUUCGGCUCUGCAGCCGAUUCCCUCCCAGUCAAGGUUCAGGUUGAUGCUGCGAUGGCUCUGAGGAACAUUGCCAAGCGGGAACAAAGAAAGGUACAAGAAACUGCCCUGCAGUUGUUCAUGGACUGGAGUGCCCACCCAGAAGUGCGCAUGGUCGCCUGCAUCGUGCUGUUUGAGACCAAACUUCCUCUUGGUCUAGUAGUUUCCAUUGCUGAUUCCCUGCGGAAGGAGCCCAGCCUUCAGUUGGCUAGCUUUGCCUAUUCUCACAUGAAGGCCCUGACUAGGAGCACCGCCCCAGACCUUGCCCCAGUUGCCGCUGCUUGUAAUGUGGCUAUGAAGAUCCUGAGCCCCAAACUGGACAGGUUGAGCUAUCGCUUCAGCAAAGCCAUUCAGCUAGACGUCUGUCAUUCUGACCUGAUGGCCGGAGCCGCUGCCAGUGCAUUUAUCAUCAACGACGCCGCCACCAUUCUGCCCAGAGCCCUUAUAGCCAAGGCCCGUGCUUACAUAGUGGGAGCGGCAGCCAAUGUUCUGGAGUUUGGCGUGAGAACCGAAGGAAUCCAGGAAGCUCUCCUAAAAAUGCCUGCUGCCGCACAGAACUCCGACAGGAUCUCCAAGAUGAAGCGUAUUCUGCAGGCUCUGACAGACUGGAAGUCAUUGCCUGUAAACCAGCCACUGGCUUCAAUGUAUGUGAAACUGUUUGGCCAAGAAAUUGCUUUUAUCAACAUUGACAGAGACCUCAUUGAGCAGCUAACACAGCUUGGAACAGGAGCUGCGGCUCAGCAGUCACAGAUGAAGAACGUGCUGAACAGGCUGCAGUCUGGUGCCAUGAUCCGUUGGGCCAAGCCUCUGCUGGCUGCUGAGGUGCGACGCAUCUUCCCGACCAGUGUGGGAGUCCCAGUGGAGCUGAGCAUGUACACUGCCGCUGUGGCCACAGCCAAAGUUAAUGCCCAGGCUACUCUGACACCUCGGCCCACUGAAAACUUUCACGUUGCUCAACUGCUGAACACCAAGAUUCAACUGCAGGCCCACAUCACACCAAGUGUUGCCGUACACACCUUCGCAGUCAUGGGCGUAAACACAGCCCUGGUUCAAGCGGCAAUAAUGGCCAAAGCAGAGGCACGUGUUGUGACGCCUCUGAAAUUCAGCGUUAGAGCCGACGUCUCUCAAGGCUAUUUCAGUGUUAACGCUCUGCCCGUUCAAGCUGUAGAUAACAUCACAGUUGUGCGCGUUGAGACUUUGGCAUUGUCAAGAAAUAUAGAAAACCUUGAAGAAGCAAGAAUAAUCCCAGUGUUGCCUGCAGCUUUGGCAGCACGACUGUCAAAGGAGAAGUUCACGUCUAACGUGGACACUAUCACAGAGAGUGACUCAUCCAUUUCUUCAGAAAUCAGUCAAGCUGAUGUGCCCAUCGACACCCGUGAGAACAAGGGUUCCGUUUCAGCCAAAGUUAACAAGCAGCUGUGUGCCACAUUGACAAGCUUAGGAGUGCAAACCUGUGCAAAAAUUGUCUCUCAGAAUGCUGGCUUUCUCAGAAACUCCCCCCUCUAUAAGCUCGUCGGAGAACAUGAAGUGAUUGUAGCUGUGAAACCUGCUGAUGGUGAGGCCUUUGAGAAGAUCGAGAUUGAAAUUCAAGCUGGACCCAAGGCUGCAUCAAGGAUCAUUAAACAGGUCACUCUGAAAGAGGAUGAGGAAGCUGCAGGAGGAGCCCCUGUUGUAUUGAAACUGAAGAAAAUCCUGGAACCUGAAAGGGUCAGCAGCAGCAGUAGUAGCAGCAGCAGUAGCAGUAGUAGCAGUAGCAGUAGCAGUAGCAGUAGCAGUAGCAGUAGCAGCAGCAGUAGCAGUAGCAGCAGCAGUAGUAGUAGCAGCAGCAGUAGCAGCAGCAGCAGUAGCAGCAGCAGCAGUAGGAAAAGCAGAAAAAUAUUUGACAAGUUCACAAAGGAUCACAUCCAUCAGGCUCGGGCCUCUGCUGGUCCCAGAAGCAGCAGUCAUAGCAGUGCCUCUAGCUUUGAAGCUAUUUACAGGAAGUCACGAUUCCUUGGGGACUCCAUACCCCCUGCCGUCGUGGUCAUUGUUCGCGCAGUGAGGACCAACGGAACAAUGGAGGGGUACCAGGCAGCCGCCUACAUUGACGAUGCUAACGCCAGGCUGCAGGUCAUCGUGGCUGCUCUGGAAGAGAAUGACAACUGGAAGAUGUGCGCUGACGGUAUCAUGUUGAGCAAACACAAAGUCAUGGCUAAGGUUGGUUGGGGAGAAGAAUGUCAGCGGUACACAGCAGUUAUCAAGGCAGAGACUGGUCGUCUGGACACAGACCCAGCAGCCCGGCUGAAGAUAGAAUGGGACAAGAUUCCUCGUGAUGUUAAGAGCUACUCAAAGAUGAUUUCUCAGUACAUCCCUGGGGCUGCUUUGAUGGCUGGAUUAAGUCAGAGGAGACAAGGCAAUAAUGAGAAGCAAAUUAAGAUCACUGUGGCUGCAACUUCUGCCAGGACCAUAAAUGUUAUCAUUAAAACACCAAAGAUGACACUGUACAAGCUGGGUGUGGCUGUUCCCAUUUCUCUGCCUAUUGGACGAGACGCUGCUGGAUGGCAGGAAGGAAGCAUUUCUGACCAGAUUCCCAACAUGCUGCAUGAAGCUACAGCAGCCCAGUGCAGUAUGACCAGUGACACCCUGACCACAUUCAACAACCGAAGGUACAGAAAUGAAAUGCCCAUCUCCUGCUACCAAAUCCUGGCUCAAGACUGCACUCCUGAGCUGAAGUUCAUGGUUCUGAUGAAGAAGGACCGUACCACAGAAGCAAAACACGUUACUGUCAAGCUGACUGACAUAGAUGUCGACCUCUACCCACGUGCUGGAGAAGUGCAGCUGGUAGUGAAUGGAGUGCGAGUUUCUGUUGCCAACCUCCCGUAUGAACACCCCACAGCAUCCAUCAGAAUCAGCCAAAAUGGCAAUGGCCUGUCUUUGUACGCUGCCAGCCAUGGUCUACAUGAGGUCUACUUUGACAAAAACACAUUGAAGGUUCAGGUUGUUGACUGGAUGAAGGGCAAAACUUGUGGACUGUGUGGAAGAGCCGAUGGUGAAGUAAGACAGGAGUUCUACACACCAAAUGGACGUCUGACCAAGAACUCAGUCAGCUUUGCCCACUCCUGGGUUCUUCCCGCAGAAAGCUGCCGUGAUGCCAACGAAUGCCAGGUUAAGCUGGGGUCAGUGAAGCUGGAGAAGCAGAUGAUUCUAGCGGGACAGGAGUCGAAAUGCUACUCUGUUGAGCCUGUGCUACAGUGCCUGCCUGGCUGCUACCCAAUAAGGACAACCUCUGUCAAUGUUGGAUUUCACUGCAUUCCUGUCGAUUCAAACAUGAACAGUUUAAACGGCAUUUUGGAGGAGAGUGAAGACCUGAGGGAGACCAUCGAUGCCCAUAUUGCUUGUCAUUGUACGAAACACUGUGCUUAGGAGCUGUAACUACCUGCAAAAUAGAGUCUUUUUCAAUUGUAAUUUUUUGACAUGUAUUGCACAGUAUGUGUACCUGGUGUAAUUAUGAAUAAAUUGUAAGAGAACAUUCACAGACA